AUGGCGAGCGACCUCGUCGUCACCAUCGGCCAGCGCGCCUUCCACGUGCACCAGUACCCGCUCCUCUCCCUGUCAACGGUGAUAGCGAGCGAAGCAGCAGCAGCGGGCGAGGGCACGGGCCCCUUGCAAGCAGGCCUCUCGUUCCUCCCUGGCGGCGCGCUCUCCUUAGAAAUGGGGGGAAUGCGGCAGUGGGGGGAUGCGGCAGUGGGUGGGGCAGUGGGGGAUGGGGCAGUGGGGGAUGGGGCAGUGGGGGAUGGGGCAGUGGGGGAUGGGGCAGUGGGGGAUGGGGCAGUGGGGGAUGGGGCAGUGGGGGAUGGGGCAGUGGGGGAUGGGGCAGUGGGGGAUGGGGCAGUGGGGGAUGGUGAGCCAGGAGUGCAGGAGAUGACCUUUUUCUUGCUUCUUCAUACUCGCUCCCCGUCUUCCAUACCCCAUCCUUCUCACCCGCCAUCCCUCUUCUCACCCCGUCCUUCUCAUCCCUCACUCUUUCCCCCACCGACCCUCUUCUCACCCCACACCCCCCUUCCCCCCUCGCCGCCUCCCCCCCUCGCCGCCUCCCCCCCUCGCCGCCUUUCCCCCUCACUUCCUCCCCCUGGCAGCAUCGCUGCUAGAGAUGAGCACGUGUGGGCCCAGCCACUCGCUGCCGCUGCCGCUUCUGGCCUCCCAGCGCCUGCAGCACCUCCUGCUGCACUGGCCGCCCUCCUCUGCCCUGUGCUUGCCUCAACCUGA